AUGCUCAGAUCUUUUAGGUUCAACUCUACGUUCUCCUCCGCUAAAGUAUUGGCAGCUCUUAGUAACCCCAAUUUAGUCAAAACUGAAGGACACAUUAAUGGUGAAUGGGUUAGUACACAUGAUAAGUUUGCAGUGAAAAAUCCAGGUGUAGAUGGUGACUUUGUUGCCCAAGUAUCAUCGUUAUCUUUAGAAGAUGCUGAAAGAGCAAUUGGAAUUGCUAAGAGAGAAUUCAACAAGUUCAAGAAGACCACUCCCAGGUACAGAUCGCUGUUGCUUUCUAACUUGAAUAAACUCAUGCUUGACAACCAACAAGAUUUGGCGAAGUUAAUUGUUCUUGAAAACGGUAAACCAUACGCUGAUGCUCUUGGAGAAGUCAAAUAUGCUGCUUCUUUCUUUCAAUGGUUUGCUGAAGAAGCACCUAGAGUUUAUGGUGAUAUUAUUAGUUCUGCCAAUCCAGCAAACAAGAUUUUAACAUUGAAACAACCAGUUGGAGUAUGUGGGAUUCUUACACCUUGGAAUUUCCCAUCUGCUAUGAUUACCCGAAAAUUGGGUGCUGCCAUAGCUGCUGGGUGUACCACAGUGAUAAAGCCUGCUAGUGAAACUCCACUAUCAGCCCUUGCAUUGGCUCAUUUGGCUCAAGAAGCAGGUUUCCCUGAUGGGGUGGUCAACGUGAUACCUUCCAACCACACAGCUGAAAUGGGUCAAUUGAUCACCACCCAUCCCCUGAUCUCCAAAGUGUCCUUCACGGGGUCUACACGUGUUGGAUCACUAUUGAUGGGACAACUGGCACCAACAUUGAAGAAACUUUCAAUGGAGUUGGGUGGGAAUGCUCCAUUCAUCGUCUUUGAGGAUGCAGACAUAGAUAAGGCAGUAGAUGGUGCUAUUGUCUCCAAAUUCAGAAGUAGUGGCCAGACAUGUGUUUGUGCCAAUAGAUUAUAUGUUCAUGAGUCUAUAUAUCCUGAAUUCACCACCAAAUUAACCCAAAGGCUUGUUGAUACUGUGAGAUUGGGACAUGGUUUGGACGAGGCAGUGACCCAUGGACCUCUUAUUCAUGAGAACUCCAUGAAGAAAGUAACCAGUCACAUUGAAGAUGCCGUAAGCAAGGGGGCCCAAGUGCUCAUGGGAGGUGGUCCUCGUCCAGAUCUUGGAGCCAACUAUCAUGAGUUAACCAUAUUGGGUAACGUCACCUCUGAUAUGGAAAUCGUUCAUGAAGAGACAUUUGGACCUGUUGCUCCUAUCAUCAAGUUCUCCACUGAGGAAGAGGUGGUAGCUGCUGCAAACGACACUGAGUUUGGAUUGGCUGGCUAUUUCUUCAGUAAGGACAUAUCGCGUGUCUUCAGAGUAGCACAAGAAUUGAACACCGGUAUGAUUGGAGUCAAUACCGGUGCUAUUUCUGAAGCAGCAUUACCCUUUGGGGGAGUCAAGUUAUCUGGUUUUGGAAGAGAAGGUUCUAAAUACGGUAUUGAAGAUUACAUGAUCACCAAGAGUGUUGUACUUGGUGAAGUCAACUAA